AUCUUAAGAGCCAGACUGUUCCUUAUUUCGACGAUAGAGUGGUUUAUUAGCGAAGCACCGUGACGGGUUUCGGGCCGAUGUUGUGUAACAAAUAAGGAUAUGAAAACAUUUUCUAACAGAACUGGGCGAAAACCAACCGAAGUGAGUAAAGCAGCUUGUAGUGAAGAAUGGAAGCAGUUACGCGAAAACUGUCACCGAACCCACGGCAGAACGCCAACUUCGUUUCGGUGCUGACAUUCUGGUGGACGAUCGAUUUGUUCCGGAAGGGAUACAGCAAGGUGUUGGAGCUGCAGGAUCUUUUCCGGCCACUGGAUGUGGACCGAUCGGAUGUGCUCGGUGAUCGGUUAGAAAAGAAAUGGUUCGAACAACAAGCCGGACCGGGUCGGCCGUCGCUGGUGAAGGCGAUCUUCAAGACUUUUUGGCGCGAGUAUGGCGUUCUCGGGUUCAUCACCAUCGUCAACGACAUUUUCAUCCGACUAGCGCAACCAAUCGUUUUGGGUUGGCUACUCAUGUUCUUCCGCAAAGACACGGACGUAACCCGGGAAAGUGCAUUCUACUAUGCUGGCACGAUCGUUCUACUGAAUGCGCUGAGCGUUGUGACGAUCAACCAGUACGUGCUGGGAAGCUUCCAGAAUGGUAUGAAAGUGCGGAUUGCGAUGUGCAGUGUAAUCUAUCGGAAGGCGUUGCGUUUAUCGCGCACUGCCCUCGGCGAUACGGCGCCCGGCAAGGUGGUCAACUUACUCUCCAACGACGUGAAUCGCUUCGACAUCGUGUCCGUGUUUCUACACUCCAUGUGGUCAGCGCCACUCCUGGCAAUUAUCAUUGGAGUUCUGUUGUACAUCGAGGUUGGUGUGGCCGGCCUGAUCGGCAUGAUUGUUAUCGCGAUCGUUACACCGAUCCAAUCGUACACCGGCAAGUUGACGUCGCGAUUCCGUCUUCAGACUGCCCUGCGCACCGACGAACGCAUCCGGUUGAUGGAUGAAAUCAUCUCUGGCAUACAGGUUAUCAAAAUGUACGCCUGGGAACGUCCGUUCGCCAAGCUGAUCAGUCACGCUCGCCGGCUCGAACUGAAGAUCGUUCGAAAGAGUGCCUACGUGCGGGGACUCUACAUGACCUUUCUGCUGUUCACCACCCGUAUGGCCCUGUUCUGCACGAUGAUGGCGAUGGUUCUGCUCGGCAAUCAGCUUACGGCCGCCCGUGUAUUCGUCGUGGCCAUGUACUUCGGCAUUCUGGCCAACACGAUGUCGGCCAUGUUUGUGCGCGGCAUUGCGGAGAUCGCCGAGGCGAUGGUGGCGAUGCGCCGAUUGCAAAGAUUCCUCGAGUACGAGGAGAAGCUGGUAGAGGCGCUACCGGAUGCGAAGGAGAAGCUACUGUCCGAAUUCGGGGCCAACGGGGAUGUCGGCGAAAAGCAGAAGCUGAUCGAAGCGGAUAGUCAGUUACCGGCCAAUGUUGCAGUUUCGAUGCGAAGCGUAAUAGCCCGCUGGGGUGCGGUCAGGAAUCAGGAACUGGGCGCGAAACAGAAAAGCAACGGCAAUAUCACGAAAAAGCCAAAUGGUCAGCUUGAGGACACGGAACCCGAACACUUGCCACCGGCCACUCUCGCGAACGUUAACAUCGACUUCCGGAAGGGCAAACUGAUCGGAGUGAUCGGUCCGGUCGGUGCGGGAAAGUCAUCGCUUCUUCAGGCGAUCCUACGUGAGCUGCCGCUCGACUCUGGAGCGAUCGUAUGCCGGGGAAAGUUCGGCUACGUCAGCCAGGAACCGUGGGUAUUUGCGGGCACCGUGCGACAGAACAUUCUGUUCGGUCAGCCGAUGGAGAAGGACCGAUACGAAUCGGUUGUGCGGGCCUGUGCUCUUGUGACGGACUUCGAACAGUUGCCCGACGGCGAUCGAACGAUGAUUGGUGAGCGGGGCGCUGCCCUGUCGGGUGGUCAGAAGGCACGCAUCAGUUUGGCUCGUGCCGUCUAUCGGCGGGCCGAUGUGUUUCUGCUCGAUGAUCCGCUCAGUGCGGUCGACGCGCACGUCGGUAAGCAUCUGUACGAUCUGUGCCUGGGACCACACGGGCGACUUGGUGCCCUCAAGACGACACGCAUCCUUGUCACCCACCAAGUGCACUUUCUGAAGGAUGCCGACUGGGUGGUUGUGAUGAACGAUGGGCGAGUGCAGGCUCAAGGAACACCUCACGAGCUUGCGCAGAAUGGCAUCGAUUUUGUCGAGCUGGUGGAGAAGAAGGUGACCGAUGAUGAAAGUUGUACCGAAGGAGGUGACACGGGGUCGGUCAGUGCGGUGGACAAGCGCAGCCGUAGAGAUUCGCGAGCUUCGGCUCGGUCGGUAGGCUCCACUGCGAGCUUAGCAGAAGAUGACCCAAACGGAGAGGCGGAUGCACCGGUGCAAGGAAACGGUAUGGAGGGAACGUCGCGUGGAACAGUGCAGGGUUCGGUAUUGUUAAACUAUGUUCGCAGCGGAGCGAAUCCUCUGAUCGUGGUCGGCUUGUUGAUCCUUUUCCUCGCCACCCAGCUCGCGGCCAGUGGAGCGGAUUAUUGGGUUGCCUUUUGGACUUCACAAGAGGAACAGAGACAGUUUCAGGAAAUGGGCGCGACUAGUGGAAAUGAAACCGACAGCUUUGGUGAAGGAUACGGAGAAGAACAAGCGACACUGCUCAGCACCGAUCUCUGCAUGGCCAUCCACGGGGCGCUCGUUACAAGCAUCUUUUUAUUUGCCAUUUCUAGAUCGAUCAGUUUCUACCAAACAUCGGUGCGUGCGUCACAAAACCUGCACGACAGUAUGUUUAACGGCUGCGUAUCAGCUCCGAUGCGUUUCUACGAUACCAACCCGUCGGGUCGCAUCCUGAACCGGUUCUCCAAAGACAUGGGCUCUGUCGAUGAGCUGCUACCAAAAGCGACACUCGAUGCGUCUCAGAUCAUACUCAGUCUGUGCGGUACGAUCGUGGUCACUGUGAUCGUGAAUCCGAUGUUCCUCAUACCCCUAGCAGUGCUCGGCAUCAUCUUCGUCUUUGUGCGACGCAUUUUUCUUAAAACAUCGAAAAAUGUCAAGCGUCUCGAGGGCAUCACGCGCUCGCCCGUGUUUUCGCAUCUGGCCGCCUCGCUGGCCGGUCUCCCGACGAUCCGGGCGUUCGGGGCCCAGAGUGAACUGAUCCGCGAGUUUGACGCCCACCAGGACAUUCAUACUGCGUCCUUCUACAUGUUCAUUACCUGCAGUUCGGCGUUUGGCUUCGCACUCGACCUGCUCUGCCUGAUAUUCGUGUUUAUCGUCGUUUUUAGUUUUCUGCUUCUCGAACAGAACAUGCUCGGAGAUCGUGUCGGUUUGGCGAUCACGCAAGCGAUGGCGCUCACCGGCAUGAUGCAAUGGGGCAUCCGGCAGAGCGCUGAGGUGGCCAAUUUCAUGAUGUCCGUCGAGCGGCUUCUUGAGUACCGUGAUCUCGCGUCGGAACGGCAACCCCCGAAACCGGUCACACCCGGAGCGAGUUGGCCGGAGGCCGGUCGGAUCGAGUUCAAGCGGGUCACUUACCGAUACUUCGACGGGGCGCCGGCCGUUCUGCGGGAUCUUUCGUUUGCAAUACGACCCAAGGAAAAGAUUGGCAUCGUUGGACGAACGGGUGCCGGCAAAUCGUCGCUCAUUGGGGCCCUAUUCCGGUUGGCGCAGGUUGAGGGUGAGAUUGUUAUCGACGGUAUCGACACUGCCUUCAUCAUGCUCGAACAGCUGCGCUCGAAGGUGUCGAUCAUCCCGCAAGAUCCAGUUCUGUUUUCGGGGACGCUCCGGCGCAAUCUCGAUCCCUUCGAGGACUACCCGGACGUUGAGCUGUGGGGUGCAUUGGAACAGGUGGAGCUGAAGGAGCUGGCCAACACUCCGGCCGGCUUGCAGAUGGCAGUGGCGGCCGGUGGUUCCAACUUUAGUGUCGGUCAGCGGCAACUGAUCUGUCUCGCCCGGGCCAUCUUGCGCAACAAUCGUGUCCUGGUUCUCGAUGAAGCAACGGCCAACGUUGAUCCAACAACCGACCGUUUGAUUCAGGACACGAUACGGUACAAGUUUGCCGACUGCACGGUACUGACGAUCGCUCAUCGGCUGAACACGAUCAUGGACUCGGACCGGGUGCUGGUGAUGGAUGCGGGGCAAGCGGUCGAGUUUGGUACACCGUACGAGUUGCUACAACUUCCGAUCGGCAUUUUCCGCGACAUGGUCCUAGCGACGGGUCCGGCCGAGUCGGAGCGGUUGGUUCAGAUCGCUCAACAAAAGAACAAACAACAACAACCUUCCGGUACACCGGAGCCCGAGUGACACGGUGUGUGGCUCUCAAAACAAGAACGCUCAUUUGCGCUUACCGCCGGAAGUGUAAAAAUAAAUCUCACGUGUGGUACGAUGAAUCUACGUGGCAACCUAGCACUGGUUGCAAUUCGCAGCUGCGCGGCCAAUCCUCGUUUGUACAAACGUUUCCACUGUAUCGGUCUACUGUAAGGUGUAAAUCGAUAUGCUCUCGAUUCAUAAGUAGAAUGUGCCAGUGUCAAUGUAGUGAUUUUUGAUCGAAUGUUGAAGGAUUGGAGGGUUGUUACUUUAAAUACGUACUACUGCGGAUAUACGAUGUUAACAAAAAUAAAACUUAUUUUAUGACGCAUGUUAUAGCGAAGUAUCCGGUACAAUAAACCGACUGAAGAC